UGAAUUAACCAGUUUCCGUGUCUACACGAAAUGUAGUUGUUCAACGAAGAUAACAGAAGGAAGACGAAGAAGAACAAACAAAAAAAUUUUAAAAAUCAACAGGGAGUGAGAGAAGAAGGCGUUAAUGGCGACGACGAAGAAGAUGAAAGAUAUGAUCUUUUUCGUCGCUGGGCUCUUGGGUUUAUCGGUUUUAGUUGAUCGGUCAAUCGCAGGAAGGGUCAAAGCGCCAUUGUUGCAGAGCAGUCAUGGUGGUUUUGUGUUCACCAAAUCUUUCGAUUCGAUCUAUGACACUUCUAUGUACGGCCGUUUGCAGCUCAACAAUGGCCUUGCUCGAACUCCUCCCAUGGGAUGGAAUAGCUGGAAUUUCUUUGCUUGCAAUAUCAAUGAAACAGUCAUCAAGGAGACCGCUGAUGCUCUUGUCUCAUCUGGGUUGGCUGAUCUCGGAUACAUACACGUCAAUAUCGAUGAUUGCUGGUCUAAGCUUACACGAGAUUCGAAGGAUCAAUUGGUUCCUGAUCCUAAAACCUUUCCAUCAGGAGUUAAACAUCUUGCUGAUUAUAUUCAUACAAAGGGCCUGAAACUUGGUAUAUAUUCCGAUGCCGGUGUUUUCACAUGUCAAGUUCGUCCAGGAUCCCUUUUCCAUGAAGCGGAUGAUGCAAAUAUUUUCGCUUCUUGGGGUGUGGAUUAUCUGAAAUAUGACAACUGUUUCAAUCUGGGAAUAAAACCGAUCGAAAGAUACCCUCCAAUGCGUGAUGCUCUAAACUCAACCGGUCGAUCAAUCUUCUAUUCACUUUGCGAAUGGGGUGUUGACGAUCCUGCCUUGUGGGCCGACGAAGUUGGAAACAGUUGGCGUACAACUGAUGACAUCAAUGACACAUGGGCGAGUAUGACGACGAUUGCUGAUCUGAAUAACAAGUGGGCAGCAUAUGCAGGACCUGGUGGAUGGAAUGAUCCGGAUAUGUUGGAAGUUGGAAACGGAGGGAUGACUUACCAGGAAUAUCGAGGUCACUUUAGCAUCUGGGCAUUGAUGAAGGCACCGCUUUUGAUUGGUUGUGAUAUAAGAAACAUGACAGCAGAAACAUUUGAGAUUCUGAGCAAUAAAGAGGUUAUAGCCAUAAACCAAGAUCCACUUGGUGUUCAAGGAAGAAGAGUCAACGUCAACGGUGAAGAUGGUUGCGAACAGGUGUGGGCAGGGCCUUUGUCCGGAAACCGCUUGGUUGUUGCCCUCUGGAACCGUUGUUCUAAGCCUGCAACUAUAACAGCAUCAUGGGAUGUUCUUGGUCUGGAAUCAAGUAUCAGUGUUUCAGUAAGGGAUUUAUGGAAGCAUGAAGAUAUGGAAGAGAAUGCAGCUGGCUCGUUUGGAGCUCAAGUGGACAUUCACGACUGUCAUAUGUACGUUCUCACUCCCCAGACAGUGUCACACUCCGAUAUCUAGUGUCCUCGAAGCUUGUUCUAUGAGGCGCUCAAACCCUGAGAUGUCACUGUUCUAUUUUUCUUACCAGCCUGUGUUGCCCAUCUUGUAACAUGCAAGCAAUAUCCUAUCCUGUCAUUUGUGUUAUAAGAUGAGACUAUUGUUGCAGUGUUGGUUAAAAAACUGAAACAGGUCUGUCUGAUGAUGUCUUGCUUUGUAAAUUGUAUUCAAUGUGAGGCUGGGAAUAAAGGUUCUGGAGUCUACUUU